AUGUCGGACGACGUCGAGACGACCGCCGCGCCCGCGCUCCCGGCGUCGAAGCUGGGGGAGUACAAGGUCAUAAAGGAGAUCGCCGAGGGCACGUUCGGGAAAGUGAAGAUGGGCAUUCAUACUGUGACCGGGCAUACGGUCGCUAUGAAGUACCUGUCCAAGCAGGUGAUCAGCACUACGCGGACGAAGAACAGGGUGCAGCGCGAGGUCGAGUACAUGCGCGCGUUGCGGCACCCGCACAUUAUCAAGCUAUAUGAAGUGAUUUCGACGCCGACGGACAUCAUCAUCGUGCUCGAAUACGCCGGCGGGGAGCUCUUCAACUACAUCGUCGCCAACGGGCGCAUGCACGAGGCCCAGGCCCGGCGCUUCUUCCAGCAGAUCAUCUCCGGCGUCGACUACGCGCACAAGUGCAAGAUCGUCCACCGCGACCUCAAGCCCGAGAACGUCCUCCUCGACGACGACCUCAACGUCAAGAUCGCCGACUUUGGGCUCAGCAACGAGAUCAAGGACGGCGAUUUCCUCAAGACGAGCUGUGGGAGCCCGAAUUAUGCGGCGCCGGAGGUUAUUAGGGGAGGCUUGUAUACGGGCCCGGAGAUCGAUGUGUGGAGCUGUGGGGUUAUUCUUUAUGUGAUGCUUUGUGGGAGGUUGCCGUUUGAGGACGAGGAUGUGCAUACGCUGUUCUCGAAGAUCACUCAGGGACUGUAUCAUAUGCCGAGCUAUCUCUCCUCGGACGCGCGCAACCUCAUCAACAGCAUGCUCGUCGUCGACCCCGUCAAGCGCAUCACUAUUCCCGACAUCCUCAACCACCCGUUCUACACCACCGACCUCCCGCGCUACCUCCAACCUCUCCCGCCGCUCCCCGGUCCGGUUGUCGGCACUCUUUCAUCACUCGUCGUGCCCGGCAAGACUAUCGACUUUGAGAUCAUCGAGGGCCUUGGCAGGAUAGAAGAGAGCGUCGUGGAGGAGUUGUCGGAGAAGCUGAAGGAUGUGGAUAAGGAGACUAUCUGGGAGUGUUUGAGGAGGGACGACGGUGUGCAGGGCAACGCUGUCAAGGUUGCGUAUCUGCUGCUUCGGGAUAAGCAGAGGCUGGGACACGACUUGGCGGCAUUCGAAGAGGCAGAGCGUGACGCUCAACUAGCCGCACGAGACCCGCGCAACCUCCUCUCACCAAAUGCACUCUCACCCUCCGGCAACGACAUCGACGAGAACCCGUUCGAGAACGAGUUCAACGAGUACUACGACGACGAAGACGUCCCCACCGACCUCGACUUCAACGAGACCCUCCCGCCCACCGACCAGCCCCAACCCCCGCUCGACGUAGAAGUGAACAACUUCGCCGUCCUCAACUCCUCCCUCCCCGACGGCGAGCCGCACCACCUAGAGUCCUACGCCAACGCCAAGCGGACCUGGCCGACCGAGAAGGAGAUGAAAAAGAAGCAGCACCGCACGAAGUGGCAUUUCGGGAUCAGGAGCCGGAGCCCGCCGAUGGAGGUCAUGCUCGAGAUUUAUAGGACGCUGAAGACGCUGGGCAUGGAGUGGAAGGAGAAGAAGUAUUUGGGCGGCCUUGGGACGACGCCGGCGCCGAAUUUGGGGAGGAGGAAGAGCGGGCAUGGGAAGGGCGUUGAGAGGGCUAGGGAGCAUGAUGGGGAGAUGAUCGAUUUGAAGGCCGCUUCGUCGAUCUACUUCGUCGAGACGAGGGCAAGGGCGGGAGACGUUGUGGUGCUGAUGAACUUGCAACUCUACAUGGUCGACUCGAUCAACUACCUCGUCGACUUCCACCACCGACGAACAUACCGCGCCUCAAAAGACCCCGACGCAGGCAAAUUCGACCCAGAGAACCCCGAAGCGCUCUCCGAGCCGGACCCCUCGAACGAGGUCGUCUCGCCCUUCGUCUUCAUGGACCUCGCGUGCCGACUGAUCCUCGAGCUCGCAGGCGGAGGCGAGUAG